UCGCUCGCUGGAGUUUUUCGACUUUUUUUUUCCAAAGCACAGAACUGCUGAGCGCCUGCGGAGCCUGGAUCCGCUACCAUGUGCUGCUCUGCGGGGAGGUGAAGAUGAUCAGCUUGGCAUCAUGUCUUAGCCGGGUGAUAGUCCUUGUCGCUGUGGUCGCCAUCUCCGCUUCAGUGGUGCCGUCACAUACAUGGGAGGAGGAAGGUGUUGUGUACGGCAGGAUUGGUGACGCAAUUACCUUGAAGUGUGGUGGCCAUAAUGGCAGUUCGGUGGCUGAGUGGAAGUUCAAUGGUUCCCCGGACAUCCCCUGGGGCUUCUACACCAACACUGAGCCCAUUGCAGCCAGUGACUCCAGUGAACCCAGUGACUCCAGUGAACUCAGUGACUCCAGCACAGCCAGUGACUCCAGUGAACCCAGUGACUCCAGCACAGCCAGUGAUUCCAGUGCACCCAGUGUACCCAUUGACUCCAGUGAGCCCAGUGCACCCAGUGAUUUCACAGUGCCCAGAGUACCCUGUUACUCCAGUGUGCCCAGUGUACCCAGUGCACCUAGUGAUUCCAUUGCUCCCAGUGUACCCAUCGACUCCAGUAAGCCCAGUGAUUCCAUUGCUCCCAGUAUACCCAUCGACUCCAGUAAGCCCAGUGAUUCUAUUGCUCCCAGUGUACCCAUCGACUCCAGUAAGCCCAGUGAUUCCAUUGCUCCCAGUGUACCCAUAGACUCCAGUAAGCCCAGUGAUUCCAUUGCUCCCAGUGUACCCAUCGACUCCAGUAAGCCCAGUGAUUCCAUUGCUCCCAGUGUACCCAUCGACUCCAGUAAGCCCAGUGAUUCCAUUGCUCCCAGUGUACCCAUCGACUCCAGUAAGCCCAGUGCUCUCAGUAACUCCAGUGAGCCCAGUGUACCCAGUGAUUUCAUGGUGCCCAGAGUACCCUCUUACUCCAGUGUACCCAGUGACUCCAGUGCACCCAGUCAUUCCAUUGCUCCCAGUGUAUCCAUCGACUCCAAAAGAAUAAAAAGCGCGGUUUUCGCACGCGCCGGGGGGGACCUCUUGAGGAUGAUGGGCCGUGUUUACGUUGAUGUGAUGAGAGUUGCGCCGUCUCGCUCUGUGCACGGCCUCGUGUCAGAAGACAAUAUUCUUCAAAGGCUAAUCGCGGGUUGUCGAGCCCAGCCGAUGAGAGCCGGGUCCACCCGCAGCGGUUUGUCAACUGUCACAUCGUCCUCCCCACCAGCACUAGCUGAUAACAUCGCCGGCGCCUCGUCCCCCGAUCACACCUUCUGCGCGCUGCGCACACUGUUGGCGAAUCCUCUAAUUCUCCGUCACUUCCCGUCCGUUGCAGAUCUCCCCGGAAUUCCUUCCGUCACCUGCCGGGCCUCCGACUAUCACAAUUUCUCCUGUUACUGGAAGCCCAGCGUGGAGACUCUGCUGCCCACCAGAUACGUCACAUCGUACAGGGUGAAUGAGGGCACCCCCGAGGUCUGUGUGCAGGAUCCGGCCCUUCCCAACAUGUGCUCCGUCAGACACUCCAGGCUGUGGACCUCCUACCGGAUGAACAUCACGGAGAUCAAUCCGCUGGGCUUCAAUUUCCGUAUUCUGGAGUUCAACGUCCAGUCCAUUGUCAAACCAGAUCCCCCAGAGAAGAUAUCGGUGGAGCCAAUCCCAUUUGCACCGCAGCGGCUGCUAGUCACCUGGGCGUACCCCACCACGUGGCCCCAGGAGCCACAUUUCCAGCUGAGAUUCCGAAUCCAGUACCGGCCGGUGCUCCACAUGGUGUGGUCCGUGGUGGAGACGGCCAAUUUGUCGGACAUCAUCACGGACGCAUUUGGUGGGGUGGAGCAUAUUCUGCAAGUGAGUGCCAGAGACUUUUUGGAUGCGGGAAACUGGAGCGAGUGGAGCGCCGAGGCCCGAGCCACACCAUGGACCAGUAAAGAGCAUUCAGUGCCAGUCCCUGAGACCAGCAAUGAAACCACUAUAGAAGAACCUGAUCCUGAAAUUAGGGAGCCAUUUGAACUUUGCUGCCCUCCAGACCACAGUGACCCCGCAGAGAAAGUGGCAGUACUCAUCUCACUGGGAGCUGUAUUCGAUAUCCUAACACAUGUCCACAAUUGGCUUCUUGAAGCAGAACUUUGCUGCCCUCCAGACCACAGUGACCCCGCAGAGAAAGUGGCAGUACUCAUCUCACUGGGAGUCUUCGCAUUCGUGGUGCUGGCCCUUUUCCUGAUCGCUGGAGCCUUCAUCUGGAUGAGAGUGAGCCGGACAGUGAAGUACGGUGGGAUGAAAGCAGACUUCCUCACAGCCAUUCAUAUGAAAGCCCUCCCAAAAACACAGAUUUUGUAGUUACAAAGAGAAAAGGAAGACGGCUUUCCCCGGGAGGAAGAGAAAAGCAUCUGCGGAACAUUAUGACUCUUAUCAUACACACAAUAGAGAGAUGAGAUAAACUUGGCUGCGUUGCCAUUCCCUUUGCUGUCCUCCAGGGGGCAGGCAAGCACCUUCCACCAGUUGGAACCUGGAGGACGAUUUCUCUCCCGGAUGGAUCCACUGACAAGUCCCUCGUCACGGCAGCUCGCAAGGAUGAACCCUCAGAGACGACGUCAGAAAACACUAACCCAACAGACCUGGCGGACUAAACUCUAGUAGUGACUGAUAGCAAACCUUCAGGAGCCAGGCGGAUAAUGUGACUAACU